AUGGGCCACUCAAUGAAUAUCAACUACUUAUGCAACGAAUGGGAAAAUGAGGCCGCAGCGCCCAACCCCCCCGAAAUCGCCUCCGAUGCCCUAGGAAUCGCCCUUGAAAUUAGCGCAGAAGCUGGCACACAGGGUCCGCCUCCUUCGAGAUCUGCCGCUGGCUCUGUUAGCCACUCCGUCAGCAGCCCUAACAACACUUCUACCUCGGCAGUCCCUACCACCCCCACCAGUCCCGUUGGCACACUCGCCGCCCCUGCCGUCCCUCUCGCCCCUACGGUCUCUGCCGUCCCUACUAUCUCUGCCGCCUCUACCAGCCAGAGUUUCCCGGCCGGUACCAACGAGUCUCAAGACGUUCCCGGGGCGACCGCACGUCCUCGGAAUCCUCUACCCUCUAAGCGGCCCACGCCCAUGAAACAAGGCUUCCAGCCCAUAAAUGGACGGCCGCGGGAUCUAGUCCCCUCAGCCCCGGCUCCGGCCCCGGUCUCAGCUUCCCAGCCCCAAGCCUCACAGAGAGCGACCCAAAGGGUUUUGUGCAUCUGCACAGCGUGCUCGGGCAAUGGGAGCGGCAAACUGGUAGCCCCAAAGACCAAGAAGGAGCAUGAGCACGCCGAUCGGAUUGAGCGGGACGGAGUGAGGGUCGACGACGAGGCUAAAUGCCAGAGGUGCAGAGCGGCCAACCUUGACUGUUUCAAGCGGCAUGAGAAUUCGAUCGUGUGCGGCAACUGUGUCCGGCACAAGGAGAGAUGCUCGUGGAACGGGCAAUCGAUGAGGAAGAGGGACGCGGCGAGGCGCCAGAACCAGGCCGCCCUAGCCGCGCAACGUGGGCAACAAGAGGCCGAGACGCCCCUUGCCAACGGAGACGGCGGUGCAGCGGUGCAGGAACAGCCUGCUCCCUGCGACACGAAGGGGAUGCGGGCUGCCGACCAGCUCUUGCUCGGUGGAAUUAGACAGACUGGUGGCGAACAGCCCACGCCCAACAGCGGCGAGGAGAACCGGAAGAGCACGAGCAGCCGGAGUUCAAGCGGGAGCCACACGGCCGAUGAGACUGAGUGUCCUCAGCCGCCCCGCAAGAGACAGCGAAGGAACCCUCUCGCUCCUGGCCCUACAGCCUAA